AUGGCGCGCCGUCCUCUACUCUUGUUGCCCCCGGCAGACGACUGGACUCAGGUUCAAAAUCGGAUCAUACGGCGCAGGAUGCAGAACCGUGUCGCCCAGCGCAAUCAUCAUAAGGAGUACUGUAGGAAAGUGAGCCGCCUGGCCGGCGGAGGUCACAAGCGGAAAGAAGCAGAUGAGCAGGCUUUCUCGAAGCAGGCUCUGCGCUUGCAGGAGGAUCAGAUCCUGCCAGCUUCGUCGCCGUUGCAAAUCAGCUCGCACGAGAAUGAUGCAGCACAUACUGCUAUGAUGAGCUAUGCGGAUCUUCUGCCAGAUAUAUCGCCGCCUGAUCUGUGGGGUGUUGGCACGUUCGAGUGCGAACAGCUGGGCAGAGACGAGACUAGGUUUGAAGCGUUUCGAGGCACGAGUCCGUUUGCCGCCGGCUACGAUGCGAUGGCUGGGAAGGGCGCCAGCACUCGCGUGUUCGAUAACAAGGCCGUCCCGCUAGCGCUAGGGCCAGGGUUGAGCAAGACAACCUGCGCUACAGCGAAUACAAAUCUAAUAGGCGCAGUCUCGGCCACGCCCUGGCUUUGGCUCCUCCUGCUUGAUGUGAAUUUCGAGAAUGCCCCUUCCCCUGCUCUUCCUGAAGAACUAAUGUUCAGUUACCUCGAUCGGAACAAUGCCAACAUUUUCUCGUCUCGUGAGACACUCCACCAAUGCUGCUCCUCCUGCGCGUACACUCUCAUGCACUUGCAGCUUCCGCUUUGCGCACGCGGCUCAAUUGUCAUCCCACGCAGGACACGGACCCGCCUGCGACUCACUAGGACUGCUUACAUACUCUAUAGUGCAGCGAAGAAGAAGACCAAGGUGCGGGAAAAGCUCGAAAUCAUUGCUGACGUGAGCAAGGAUAAGGCGAGCACGGGCAAGGAUCUUGUGAACUCUCCAGAGCUGUGUGUCCGUGUUGUAGCAGCAGAAACCAAAAGCAUAUCUCAGCCAGCGCCUAUGCAGCCAUUUCCACUCCCUUUGCUACAGCUGUCGGACAAGCAUAGCACACUCUGUGCGCGUCUGCCAGCAGAAAACAACCGGUUCGGUGGCGGCGAUGGUGUUGCUGACGGAGCUGAAACGGAUCAGGCGUAUCUGGUGGUGCCAAUGAUGGGUUAUAGUAGUGUGGGUACGACCCAGGAUCACAACAGCUACGACUACGGUUGCGACUACAGCUGCGACUACAACUGCACCCAGGACAACUUACUUACCCAAGGACACACAAGCUUACGCGCAAUGACCACAUACAGCAGUCUUAUCAUACAAACACCAAGCAAUACGGCCGUAAGCUCUCCUGCAUUGACAGCCAUGAGCACACUGAACAAUACGGCUGUGCCAGUGCUCGAUCUUGAUGCUAUGCAUCGGAUUGCUGAAUUAGCAAGACACCGAUUGGUUGGUCAAAGCCCCGCCAUCUGGGACGAAAUGGCUGCAAAGCCGCCAACGAGACAACAAUAA